AUCCAAUCGGGGCCCGUGCUCUUGUCGUGUGCUUCGCAAACACCUUGUGACCAUAAUUCAGAAAUAUUCAAUCAAGGGUAUCAUUUUAUGAAUAUGUUUUCAAUACAUUUUGCUUCCACCUGGACAAUACAGGUGGGCCUAGAACACGGGACCAUGUUGCUGAAAUCGACAAGUGUCACAUCAGCUGGCGUCCAACACAGUCAGAUUCGAGGACGCUACGUAGACUGGAGGAUGAGACGAGACGGGCUGCGGAGGCAGAUGAUACAGGAACAGUUCCCCGAGAGACUUCGGCUUAAUACAGUUAGGAAGAACAACAUUCUUCCCAAGGAACUACAGGAGCUUGCUGAUGCUGAGGUUGCAACCCUUCCGCCUAACUCCAGUAUUGUGAAGAUAAGGAAUCGGUGUGUCGUCACCUCCAGGCCACGUGGUGUUCAAAGAAAAUGGCGGAUUAGUCGUAUUGUGUGGCGACAGUUAGCAGACUACAAUCAGUUGUCAGGAGUUACGCGUGCGGCAUGGUGAUAUUUACAAAAUGUGGAUCUUGUUUACCCCAGGAAAAACAAGGCAGCAGAUUGUCAUGUUGUGAAUGUGUUUUCCAUUAUUAUCGCCAAGUUUGUCAAGAUGUGUUAUGCAUGUUUAUAUGUAAAAUUAGAAAUAUUAAAUGUGUUUGAUAUGA